AUGUUACAGCCUCGUGCCUUUGCGCAAGAGAACGACGUCUACGCACUAAGCCCUUCGCGAUCCCCCGAGUUGCGGUCGCGCGCAUUGAGCUUCUCUCCGGAAAAGCCAGCAGCCUCGUCCAUAGGUCCCUCGCCGUUCAAACGCGGUGAUGGCGGUGCCAAACCUUUUGCGUCGACCUCGCGUUUUGGGCGCAGUGCAUUUUCUGACAAAACCAACCGCUCGCCCCAGUCCAAACACGACUAUGGCUCACCUACCAAGACGCCGUUUCAAGCUAGUCCAUGGAAAAAACAAGCCCUUGUGACACCCGCGAGCAACAUUGGGCGAGCGGGCCAACUUAAAGCACGGAUAGGCCAAAUGCAAGACCCAGCUCUCUCACCACUUGAACAAGAAGAGACCACCGAUGAGCCAGCGCCGACUCCAAUGACAGACGACGAAUUAUACCCACCUAUCGAAUACAUGCCGCCCUCGCCCAUGCGUGGCCCCACGAUGUAUGAUUUACCCACGGCACUCGAUGGUCUGCCCCGCGCCAAAGAGGCGGCAACCAUGCUUGCCAGCGCGCCGAUCGUCGGUCAAGUACCGGCGGAUUUGUGUGAUGAUACGCAGACGUCAAUCCCACGCUCAAGCUUGAGCUUGCAGCCUCCUCCCUUGCCUACAUCCUCAAGGACCGCGCCGCGUACGCGCGCGCCGUCGUUUUCUCAUAAGCCAAAGACGCGCGUGCGCGCACCACUCGGUCGCUCUACCCCAGGUCGCGACCUGAAGACCACGGUGCGUGACGAUGCGCUUGGCCACUACAUUGAUACCCAGAUGCGAGUAGGUGUACGCACGGAAGGCUUUGAUCUAUAG